AUGAAUCAGCAGUCACAGCAAUAUCAGCCGGCGCGCCGACCAGGUGCCUAUCCCUCCCACGGCGACGAGCUUCACAUGUCGGCACAUCAGGCCCACAUAUCGUCCCCCCGCGAGUACUCGUCCUCAGGCGCACCACCACACAUCAAGCUCGAGCAGAUGACCUCGAGCCCCCCAAACAUGCAGAGCUAUCAGAGCGCCGGUGCCGUACCCAAUGUCCUGCAGCCCGGAGGCAUGUCGUCUCGUCCGCCCGUGAUGCAGUCCAACACCGCUCCCACUCUUCCCACGAUGCAGCAAUCAGCCGACUACAAGUCCCACAGCUAUGAGCGCUCCAGCCCUGCCAUCCUGGCCUCGAACUCCUACGACGGCGGCAACUCGCCCUAUGCUGCCUACAACCCGACUCCUCCAGGUGGCAGCUCUUCGUCGCAAUACAUGUCGCCCACGAGUACCAACAAGUAUGCGACCGCCUCAUCGUCUCGCAACGUCUCCAACACUCCGCUGGGGCUGUCUGAUAUCCGGCCUCGCGCUGAUUCCACCCUCUCUGAUGGCAUGCUGCCCGGUAGCCAGGCCUACGAGUUGGCCAAUCCCCAAUCUCGCACCAGCAACUACAUGGCCCCUUGGGCUACCUACGCCUUCGACUGGUGUAAGUGGCGCCCCAGCGCAAACAGUGCUGGGAAAUUGGCUAUUGGCAGCUACUUGGAGGAUGGUCACAACUAUAUCCAGAUCCUGGAGGCCAACCUGACGAAAACACCAUCCGAUGUAUAUGUCCCGGGCACCUCCCCGUACUCGAUGGAGUUCACCCGCACCGCCGAGGCCACACACUCGUACCCCGUAACGCGUCUGUUGUGGGAACCUCCCUCGUCCCAGAAACAAUCAACCGACCUGCUUGCGACCUCAGGAGACCAUUUGCGACUGUGGUCACUACCAGCGGACCCCGUGGUACCCACCAGCGGCUCUUCGAUUACGUCUAGAAGCGGCCGUGACGCCCCCAUCACCAAGCUCACUCCCUUAGCCCUGUUGUCCAACUCCAAGACACCCGAUCAUACUGCUCCUCUGACCUCGCUCGACUGGAACACCGUUCAGCCCAGCUUAAUCAUCACAUCGAGUAUCGACACUACGUGUACCAUCUGGGAUAUCCCAUCGCUGACGGCAAAGACUCAACUUAUUGCCCACGACAAGGAGGUAUACGACGUUCGCUUUUGCGCAAACAGUGUGGACGUGUUUGUAAGCUGUGGACAGGACGGCAGUGUGCGCAUGUUCGAUCUUCGCAGCCUUGAGCACAGUACUAUUAUCUAUGAGCCCACAGGCAAGGAAGAACGUGACGCUAAUGGCGGCCGGAUCAGCCCUACGCUGGCUCAACAAACCAUGUCGCACCCUCCUCCCCUGCUGCGACUGGCCACUUCACCGCACGACCAGCAUUUGCUCGCAACGUUUGCGAUGGACUCAAACGUGAUCAGGAUACUGGACGUUCGUCAACCAGGACAGGCCUUGUUGGAGCUUCGGGGUCAUGGGGGUUCCUUGAACUGCAUUGAGUGGUCGCCUACCCGGAGAGGUACGCUUGCUUCGGGCGGUGAUGACUGUCAGGUGCUCGUCUGGGACUUGCUCAACCAGCCUUCUGGUUUGAACGCAACAGGCCAGCCUGAUAACGUGAGGAGUCCUGUGGCUAGUUGGCAGUGUGACUACGAGGUUGGUAACCUUGGAUGGGUUCCUCCGAUUGGCAACGGCGAGUAUGGCGAUUGGUUGGGAGUUAGCGCUGGACGCGGUGUUUGGGGUGUCCGGAUCUAG